CCCGUGACGCUGGAGCUACUUGUGUAAUUUCUGUGUUGUGAGUCUGACAUUCAGACGAGCGGUUACACUCCUCACGGCGGAGCAGCAGUUUCAUCCACGGGUCGCGACACCGCCAAACAGAGGGUUAGAAUGUGGUCGUCUGUCGUUGCGAAAAGACUGGUGACAGGGAUGUGCCAGGCAUCAUGGAGGCCAACAGUCACAGGGCUGGUAUCAUCUCGUGGUUACCGUGGAGAUUCGCCAGAAGACACCAGGGGCGACCUGAUUGAGAUCCCUUUGCCACCCUGGGAGGAGAAGCCGGACGAGCCCACCAACAUCAAGAGACGCCGACUGCUUUAUGAGAGUCGCAAGAGGGGCAUGUUGGAGAACUGCAUAUUGCUCAGCCUAUUUGCAAAGCGAUACCUGAACACGAUGAGUGAAAACCAGCUGCUGCAGUAUGACAGACUGAUAAAUGAACCAAGCAAUGACUGGGACAUCUACUACUGGGCAACAGAAGCUCAGCCCACCCCUGACGUCUACCAAGGAGAUGUCAUGGAUAUGCUGAAGGAGUUCACAAAGAACCGCAACCAAGAACAGAGGUUGGAUGCUCCCAGCUUGGAGUACCUGGAAAAGGAAAGUCAGUGAGGUCCAUGGCCCUGUGGACCUCCUCAGAGACUCAUUUAAGGAGGCAUACUGAGUAAAUAUCUGCGUCAUAUUGCUACAGCGAACUCCUCGGAGAGUCGGCUGUUUCUCUAGCUUCACAUGGCAAAAUGUACAAAAUGUUGUGUUAUAUUCUUUUUGUAGUGCUUCCCGCCUGUUUCUGCCUUAUCAGUUGGCGAUGACUGGGAGGAGAAGAUUCAAGGGAAGGUUGUGGAAUGGAACACACUGUUAGGAAUGUGUCAUGAAUAUUUUGCAUCAAUUGUAUGAUAGAUUUCUGUUUUAAGACUGUAAAUUAAAACUGCUAAAUAUGUCCGAUGCCUUUUGAGUAGGCCAGCAUUCAUUAAUGGAUAUAAACUGAUGUGUGCAAUGAUCUUACUGUGCCUGUUGCAGACAUCAUGGGUUAUUUAAUAAAUGUUGCUCCUCUACA